UCAAGCUCCAGGAGAUGCGCCUUUCAGGGGUGGCUUGCAACUUCAUCUGUAACGUUAUACUCAUGAUGCUGUGUGCAUUUACAAUGUAUUACAUAAUAAAGACGUGGUCGCUUUUAGGGGAAAUGUCUGAAAAACUGAGAAGAUGCAGAAAGGAGCUGACUGCAGCCAUUGACCGAGCCUUUGAAGGUGUCAGUCAUUCCCAGGAGUGCUCAGACCAGCAGAGGCUGGAGCAGGAUACCGCGCCGCCGCUCUCCUUCCCCCUCCCUGUGCACCGGCUCCUCUGCAGGAGGCACCCGCUGGCAGCCUGCUCCUCCUCCCCUGCUCCUUUUGCUCCAGUCCCUUGUGCUUCUGAGACAGAGAGCCCUGCCUUUGCUCCAAACCACGCCCCAAUGAAUGCAAAGCCACAUGCUUUAUGCGCGAAAAGAAAACCUCUGACCAGUAAGGAAAACGUAUUGAUGCAUUCCUCCAUUUGGGCACCCGAAAGACAGUUUUGGAGAGCUGCGGGAGAUGGGGAGAACUGGAGAAAAGACAGCCUAAGGAAAGAUAUGGAGAAAGAUUUGAAGGUUGACUCAAACAUGCCACUCAGCAAUUCUAGCCAAGAGGUCACAAAGGAUCUGCUUGAUAUGAUCGACCAUGCAAGCAUCCGAGCUAUUGAAGAACUGGCUGGGAAGCUAGAAUUUGAAAAUGCGCUGAGCCGUGUGUGUGGCCGCUGCGGAGGCUCGCCCUUCAGGGAGGAGGCCUGGGCUCUGCUCUCCGAUGAGAGCCCUCAGAAGGCCUCAGAUGCGGAGCCUGGCAGCCUCAAGCAGGCUUUUGAUGAUCACAGUAUCGUCGAGACUGUGCUGGACUUGGAAGAGGACUACAAUUUGAUGGCCUCUUUUAAAUACCAAAUUGAGUAAGGACGGCUUUGGUUCUUUCCAGCAGGAGGCUGUCUCUCAGGCAGUGAUCAGUGUCACUGUGGGCCACUGUGGGCUGGCAGAAUCUGGGUUACCACACCCUCUUUAACUUCUAGUUGUGUCCCUUUUUGAUCUGAAAGCCCUUUUUUUUUUUUCUGUUGCUUUGAAAUGUUUCUUACUGUUGACUUGUUUUUCACUUUUCUUGACAUCUCAAAUGUGUCUUUGAUUGACGUUGAAUACAUCCGGUACCCAAGGCGGGCAUGGGUUGUGGGCC